GGCACCCAGCCCUUGUGGGUGUCGAGGUGGCUGGCGAAGGCACCCUUCCAGCUUCCUUCUGCUCAUUUCCCAAUUGGCUCCUGGCUUCUCCCAUGGCCUGUUUUGUGGCCGCCUAGGUCGAGCGUCUGUGGCUGUAGGCUGCUCUCAGGCCGCAGGGCGGCGGGCUGCCUCCGGGGCUGGGCUGGCCGCCGCGGUCUCCAUGGUAACGGCCCCGCCGGCUGCCGGGCCUCUGGGGGAAGAUGCGGCCUGCCGGGCCCGCCGCCUCGCCCCCGGCCUCUCGGUCCGGCGGGGGUCACUGAGGAGCGGGGGCCCGGCCGGCAGCGGGCACCAGUGAGAUCCCACUCUGACUGGAAACACAGAUGGCCUCAAAUGAGAGAGAUGCUAUAUCAUGGUAUCAAAAGAAGAUUGGAGCAUAUGAUCAGCAGAUAUGGGAAAAGUCAAUCGAACAGACUCAGAUUAAGGGUUUCAAAAACAAACCAAAAAAAAUGGGCCAUAUAAAACCAGACUUGAUUGAUGUUGACUUAAUCAGAGGUGAGUGGGGAGACUGAUUUUUUUUUUUAAUAUACAUAUCAUGUAUUCUUAUUUUCUUUCUUACCUCUCUCAACAAACUAGAGUCACCCAAGAAAAGGAAACCUCAACUGAGGAACUACUCUCAAUCAAAUUGGCUUGUGGGCAUGCCUUUGGGGUAUUUUCUGAUUAGUGAUUGAUGUGUGAAUGCCAAGUUCACUUGAGAGAUGCUACCCCUGGGCAGGUGAUCCUUGUAUAAGAAAGCAGGCUGAGGAAACCAUGGGAUCAAGACAGUAAGCAGUGUACUUAUUUCCUGCAUGGUCUCAGCUUCUGUUCCUGCCUCCAGCUUCCUUCCCUGAGUUCCUGUUUUAGCUUUCUUCAGUAUAAGGUGAACUGAACUCUUCCACCCCCAAGUUGCUGUUGGUUAGUGCUUGUCAGAGCAACAGAAACCAAAUUGGUAUUCUUCCACCUCCUUUCCUCCCUUCUUUUCUUCCUUCUUCCCUCAACUCUCCUCUUGAUUGUUCUAUUGUUCCUUUUCCCCACGCCCCACCUCCCAGACCCCAGACCCCUAUUUUUAAAGCUUCAAGCUCAAUCUUUGCACCUCAGCUUCCCAAGUACUGGGAUUGCAGAUUAGUUCACUUCACCUAGUUUGUUACUAUGUUAUUUCACUCUAGUACCAUAGAAUAGUUUUAGAUGUCGUCUAUAUAUUGUGGCAUAGUUAUUUUCAGAAGUAACAUUUCUCCAUCAUCAUUAAAGUUUUUGCACUUUCUUCCUUUGCUUUAAUGCGUCGUGGUCAUGUAGACAUAGCAUGGUCUUAGUAGAGAUGAAAGGAAGAUGAACUUGGAGACUACUGAUUGUCAUUAAGAAGAAUGUAUUGUUUGCCAUUCAGUGAUCCUGAUUGGUUUUGAGCAUCUGUCCUUGUGCCUGAGGCUCAACAUUUGCCAAGGCCAAGCCUGAGAUUCCAUGGACAUCGCUCACUCGGAAGGGGCUUGUUCGAGUGGUGUUUUUCCCAUUGUUCAGCAGUUGGUGGAUUCAGGUUACCUCUCUCAGAAUCUUUGUUUGGUUGCUGCUACUUUACCUCAUGCAAGUCACAGCGAUCGUCUUAUAUCUCCUGAUGCCUAUUGUGAGCGUGAGUGAAGUGCUUGGACCGUUGUGCCUUAUGCUGCUCAUGGGAACCGUCCACUGUCAGAUCGUGUCGACGCAGAUAACAAGGCCAUCAGGAAACAAUGGAAAUCGGAGAAGAAGAAAAUUACGAAAAACUGUAAAUGGUGAUGGGAGCCGAGACAAUGGAAAUAACUCCCCUGAUAAAGUCAGAGCAGUAGAGACUCUGGAGUCUGCACCCAGUGUUGGUGGUUUUUGGGGGACUCUCUUUGGCAACAGGAUUAAAAGGGUGAAAUUAGUAUCUAACAGAGGGACUGAAACUGACAAUGACUCAGGCUGUUUCCAUCCUAUCACUAAGAAGAGACAGGGUCGACCAGAGAUCAGAAUGUGGCAAGCAAGAGAGAAAGCGAAGGUUUCGGAUGGAGAAAAGUGCCGUAGGGAGGCUUAUAGGCGUUUGGGUAAUGGGAUUUCAGAUGAUCUGUCGAGUGAGGAGGAUGGUGAAGCACGGACACAGAUGAUCUUAUUGCGUAGGAGUGUGGAGGGGGCAUCAAGUGACAAUGGCUGUGAAGUUAAGAAUAGAAAAUCAAUACUUUCAAGGCACCUAAAUUCUCAGGUAAAGAAAACCACAACAAGGUGGUGUCAUAUAGUUCGGGAUUCAGAUAGUCUGGCUGAAUCCGAAUUUGAAUCCGCAGUCUUCAGCCAGGGUUCUAGGUCUGGUAUGAGUGGUGGCUCUCGGAGCCUUAACUUGUCAAGAAGAGACUCAGAAAGUACCCGACAUGACUCAGAGACUGAAGAUAUGUUAUGGGAUGACCUUCUCCAUGGCCCAGAGUGCCGGUCAUCUGUCACCAGUGACAGUGAGGGGGCUCAUGUAAAUACCCUUCAUUCGGGGACCAAACGUGACCCCAAAGAAGAUGUUUUUCAGCAGAACCAUUUAUUCUGGCUUCAGAAUUCAAGUCCUGCCUCUGAGCGAGUUAGUGCAAUAAUCUGGGAAGGAAACGAGUGCAAAAAGAUGGAUAUGUCUGUGUUAGAGAUAAGCGGCAUCAUCAUGAGCAGGGUCAAUGCAUAUGAACAAGGUGUUGGCUAUCAGAUGCUGGGAAAUGCAGUCACCAUUGGCUUAGCACUUUUCCCGUUUUUAUAUCGACUUUUCCGAGAGAAGAGCUUUGACCAACUAAAGUCCAUCUCAGCAGAGGAGGUCCUGACCCUCUUCUGUGGUGCACCACCUGUCACACCUGUCGUUAUUUUGUCUAUAAUUAAUUUUUUUGAAAGAUUGUGUCUUACAUGGAUGUUUUUUUUUAUGAUGUGUGUGGCAGAGAGAACAUAUAAGCAGAGAUUUUUAUUUGCAAAACUCUUCAGCCAUAUUACUUCUGCCAGGAAAGCCAGGAAAUAUGAAAUACCUCAUUUCAGACUUAAAAAGGUGGAGAACAUUAAAAUAUGGUUAUCGCUGCGCUCCUAUCUAAAGAGGCGGGGUCCACAGCGCUCAGUGGACGUGGUUGUGUCCUCCGUCUUCUUACUCACACUUUCAAUUGCUUUCAUUUGUUGUGCACAGGUUCUUCAAGGUCACAAGACAUUCCUGAAUGAUGCUUACAACUGGGAGUUUCUGAUCUGGGAAACAGCACUGCUCCUUUUCUUGCUUCGCCUGGCUUCACUGGGGUCAGAAACCAACAAGAAGUACAGCAAUGUUUCCAUCCUGCUCACUGAACAGAUUAAUUUGUAUCUUAAAAUGGAAAAAAAGCCAAAUAAAAAAGAACAGCUCACUCUCGUAAACAAUGUAUUGAAGCUGUCUACAAAGUUGUUAAAGGAGCUGGACACACCAUUUAGACUCUAUGGACUGACCAUGAACCCCUUAAUCUACAACAUCACAAGAGUAGUCAUCCUUUCUGCUGUCUCUGGAGUUAUAAGUGAUCUUCUAGGAUUCAACAUAAGACUGUGGAAAAUUAAGUCCUGAGCUGAGAUGUGUGCCUGGACUCUUCUCUGGCUGUGUCACUGCUCCCCCACUGAGGAUAAAGAUGGCUCACAGAAACCAGUGACCCUACUGCAGGCUCACAUGCAUAAGCCUCCUACUCAGCCCAGUCUAACGAAUGGAGUUACGGCAGAUCCUUUCCCUGGGCAUGUGUUAAAAACCUGCACUUUCAUGGUUCUCAAGGACGUGAAUAGUAGCAAACUAAAGCCUACCUUGCAGAGACUCGGGGCUAUGUCCUGAUCAGGACAUUUAUCUGGGAUCCUUCAGUACUGUGUUGGUUAUAUUUACUGUCAAUAGUCUUUUGGGUAACCAUGGUAGAUGCCCACAGCAUGAAGCAGCUAUGUUUUAUUGGAAAUAUGCAAAUGCAGUUCUUUUCUAUUAUAGUCUAUGGAUUGGGGAUUUCUCUAUCAAAAAGAGAGAAACUAUUUUAGGUUGAAUCCAAAUAAAAGAACUUUACUAGAGAA